AAGAAGUCCCAAGCAUAGACACCAAGCCCGAAACACCACCGAGAGGACGGCGAUAGCUAGUCAGCAUUAACAGUCAGCCUUUUGUGUAGCAGAGGCAGGGUGCGACUUUUAGUUUGGAUGGCUGAAACUCCCGCAAAGACUCUGUGAGUGGCUAGCGUGCUGUAGUCCGGACAUUUGGGGGAAACCUCAGAGUCGCCUCUCCCAGCGUCUAGCCUCGCACUCCCCCCCGAACCUCGCAGAGAUGUCAGCUUUCUCCGAGGCAGCUUUAGAGAAGAAACUGUCCGAGCUUAGCAACUCCCAGCAAAGUGUGCAGACCUUGUCGUUGUGGCUCAUUCACCACAGAAAGCACUCGAAGACCAUUGUCAAUGUUUGGUUCAACGAAUUGAGGAAAGCUCAGGUAUCACGCAAGCUGACCUUCCUAUACUUGGCCAAUGACGUCAUCCAGAACAGCAAGAGAAAAGGACCGGAGUUCACCCUGGACUUUGCACCAGUCAUUGUUGAUGCAUUCAAACACGUGUACAGAGAGGGUGAGGAGGGCUGUAAGAAACAGCUGGGUCGGGUUUUGUCCAUCUGGCAGGAGAGAGCUGUGUAUGAGAAUAACCUGCUGGAUCAGCUCUCGCAAGUCCUGUAUGGAGAAAAGAAGGCAAAGAAGAGGCCAUAUGAGGAGAUCCAGCCAGAUGAUGAGGGCUUUGCCUCCCAGAGCUCUCCAACUGAGCCCCCACAGACGGCAGAGUUAAUCCGAGCUCUGCAGGAGCUGGAGAACGCAGCCUCUGGCGACUCAGUGCUGCGUCAGCGCAUCUCCUCCCUUCCUGCUGAGGUGCAGGAUACGUCACUGCUUCACAGGAUCACAGAUAAAGAAUCAGGAGAACGGCUUUCCCGGCUGGUGGAGGAGGCCUGCAUGCUGCUAGCAGACUACAGCGGCCGCUUGGCGGCAGAGAUUGACGACAGGAGGCAGCUCACACGCACACUAACGGUUUUCCUGCAAAGCCAGAAGGACGGCUUGGCCCAGAAUGAGCAGAAACUUGAAGAGUACAAACGCAAACUGGCGAGAGUGACCCAAGUUCGAAAGGAGCUGCGAUCGCGUCUGAACAAUCUCCCCGAAGGACUCUACAACUCUUCAAACUGACAUCGCCUCCACGCUGCUGAAGCAUCUGAUCAGUCAUCUGUUUAAUAUUUGACCUGUGACCUUGCCAUAGUUCCCUAUUCCCGACUUUGGAAAGUGUCUUUGUGUCCCCGUAUGGUAAUCUGUGGUCCUCAUUCUGUCUCCAGCCAGUUAUUUAUCCACAUGGGUUAUUUGAACAAUAGAAGACUUAAAAUCAUCUGACACAGGCCCCACCCAUCUAACUUCUACAGCUUUACAGUGGUAUGGAUGAAUCUGGUGUGAUAUUUUUGUAUGCGUACUGACUAAGAUAAUGCAUCAGAGUAUAUCCCUUUAGUGUUAUAAUUCAUAAUAAUUUGCAAUGUUUUGCUGGUGUUUCUUUCCCUUUUACGGUCUAAUUUAUAGGUUAUAGAUCUGUUGUUUCUGUGUAAUAAUGGCCUCAAAUUUCUGAAGCUGAGUAGAAAGCCAUGUUCCUUAAAGCAAACCAACAUGUGUAAUUAUGAUUUACUGUUUGUGAAAGGGGAAUGUAAAUCACUGGUCAUUGUACAUAUUGUAGUUUGCAUGUAAAUAUGGUGGAGUUGUACCUGCUCCUGCUCAUAAGUGCUUUUGAUUUGUAAUUGUGUCAACAUGGUGGUGAAAACGAUGCUCAUACAAACGACUAAGGUAUGUCCACUGUACUGAAAGGGUGAGAUAGGAGUUUUGUCUUGUUUGCUGUAUUGCUCCAGUUUUAUCUUGAAGUCUCCUGAAUGCUGUGCAGAUGUCUCACACAGCUUGAGAAGCGGUUUCCAAAGCCAGACUUUAAAAAAAAUAAAAGCAGCUGUUUUUGUAAAUAUGAAGCAAAUGCUUCUUAGAACCAAAUAAACAUGAAGCGCACA